GCAAGUCGGGCUCGGUGUGUCAGUAUUCAUGAUGGCGGCAAGUUUGUUGGAGGAUAAUUUGCGGUCUCUUAACGAUUGUUUGACAGAAUCUGAGAAUACAACAAAAGAGCAAGCAGAUAGCAUUGUUACAGAUAUUAGUCAAAUAUGUAUCAACGAAUCGACAGACAAGGAUAUAGAUUUAUGUUGUUCUAUUUUGUUCGACAAAAGAAAAGGAUUGGUGUCUUUUUUAUCUGAAACUGUGACAAAGGAAGAGUUUCAGACAUGCAAACAGAAAAUUUUGGAAUUUCUAUCAGAAUUUAUCCAGAAGAUUGAAAAGAAAAUUAUUCCAUAUGUUUUUGAUAUCAAGGAUGUGUGCAUGUCUCUCUUCUUUCGUGAGAGGUUGGCUAAAAUUAAGAAUUUGUCUAUGCCAGUUUUAGCAAAAGUUUUAGAAUUGUCAGCAGGAUCUGCAAGUGCUCAGGAACUAGGUAUUGAUAAAAUCAUCAACAAAUUCUUCAUGGAACUAACAAAGAGUGUAUCCAAAUUGCCAGCAUCAGUGAAGGAGAGUAUAUAUGUGAUUUUGGGGCUUCUUGCCGAGAUUUACCCAGAGCAUAUGACUCAGUAUGCCAAUAAACUGAUGGACAUAUAUCUCAGAGCCCUGAAAGCUGAGAUGACCAGCAAAACAAAGAAACCAGAGCUGUCUGUAAUCAGUGGUUGUUUGGAGGGUCUGGCUAGCUGCCUUGUCAACUUCACAGAGGAUGAGGACUCCCAAAACAGUUACGAGAUAUUCAAAUAUGCUCGAAUGGCCAUUGAUCCAGACAUAAACUAUACCCGCUAUGAUGUUCCAAAAGCAGGCCUGAAACUGUUUUCUAGACAUUCUUCCCAGUUCAGAUCCCAGCUAUCAGAUGACUACCAGGGAAUGUACAACAAAUUGAAAAGCUGGAGUAAACACCACAACAGAGAUCUACUUCAUCUGGGCACGGCAGCCAUGGAGGGGUUUUUAACGCAGGUAUCAGAAGUGUUAGUUUCCAAAGCCAAAGAAGGGAAGAGGGAAGGAGCUGUAUUCAAGUUUUUUGUGACAAAGUUUAGAGAAAUUAUGAACGACAGUUCAGCAAGUGCCAAAGAGAUGUCUCUAGCAAUCAGAGGAUAUGGUUUGUUGGCAGCACCCUGCAAGGAAUUCCUUCAACAGACAGAUGUCCAGUUUAUGUUUAGUGAGAUGAUAACUAAAAGUGAACAACUAUAUCUGAGCUCUGACAAGGCGGAUGUUGAGGACAAACUGUAUAGUUUACCCAGCUACUUAGAAGCAUUGGCCAAAAUCAUUAGACAGCUGGACCAUGUACCAGAAACAUAUGCCACAUCCAUUGAACGUUUGAUGAUCAUUCUGGCUGAAAACUUUCCCACAAUCCAUCAGAAGCAACAUUUCCUCUCUGUGAAGUCCCUACUUUGGUUGCUGAUAACACUUAUGUCAAAGGGAGAAGUGUUUUCUCAAGUUUUGUCUGGCUUUGUGUUCCAAAUGCUGCUGCGGACCUGCUCUCAUCCUCCAGUGAUCGAAACGGAGGAUGUAACAGAAAAUGUUGCUUCUGAGCAGGCGGGCAGGAAGGUCACAUAUAUGGACUUCAUAGAGAUGUGGGACACACUUUUUAACAGUCCUAGGAUCAAGGAAUUCAGUGUGGCUGACAUCAGUGUAGAAAUGAGACAUGCUCUAACAGAAACAAUAUAUAAUGAGCUCAUCAAUUCGGUGCUUAGAAUGCUGGGAAAACUUGACCUCACGUCACAGUCCAGCACUGAGGUUGCACAGCAACAGGAAGGAUCAAGUUCUGAUGACCCCCAGGAUGUGUCCAGUGACCCUCUUCAUGGUAUGCAGCCCAAAAGACCAAAAGACUUCCAGAUCUUUAUCAACCUUGUCGACUUCUGCAGAGAAAUCCUACCACAGAAGCACUUCCAGAUGUUUGAGAAAUGGCUGUUUUUGUUUUGUCACACAUUGAUUCUUCAUUCCACCGAAAAGCCCUUGGUCAGUGGGUACUACAAACUGUUGGCCAUCAGUAUGAAGAUAGCAAAUAAACUUAAUUAUUUUCAGGGAAUAAUAAGCCUAUCUCCAGUGAAGAAGGAAGUGAAAAUGGAGGUUGGUGAUUCAGAUCAGAAGAUUGACAUCCACCAAAGAACUACAUGUUUCCAGCUCAUCCAGAAAUUCACCAAAGAGGUAUUGGUGAGAAUGAAACAAUACAAAGACGAGCUCCUGGCAGCCUGUCUUACCUUUGUUUUGACCCUUCCUAAAGAAAUAGUUGCUGAGCAAAUGUCCAGUGUUGUACCAGCAAUACAGCUGACUUUGUCAAUUGGCCUGGGUUAUCUGCCUCUUGCCGUGGUUGCACUGGAUGCCUUGGACUAUUGGUCAGACAUGCUGCCUCAGUCAGUCAUACAGCCACACUACCCACAGAUCCUGCCCUGUCUAGACAGCUACCUCAAAACUGUGGACCAAGGUGCUGAUGAUAUAAAUAGUACAAUGGAAAUGACAAAGAGUAAGAGUGGGAAGGGGAGAAAGAAACUCGCUGUCAGAAUUUUCAAGGGCCCUAGGACUGACUCCAAGGAGGCUUUUGAGACGCAGUUAGCAGGUAUAAAGCAGAGGGUGAUGACAUACUUAGGAAAACUUGGGGGAGGAGUGAACCAUGCUCUUCUUACAGGGAGUGAUGUCUGUGAAGAGGCUAUUGCUUGGGACACUGAACAGCAUCUCCGAUUUGAUGUGCCUUUUGUUGACAUGAAACCUCAGAUUUAUUUUGACCCUUUUCUGCCACGUAUUGUGGAGCUGGCCACAAAAUCAGGAGACAGACAGACAAAAGUAGCUGCCUGUGAACUCCUGCACUCCCUCAUCCUGCUCUGUGUGGGACGAAGUGCUACACAGCCAACAAGAGAGCGCUUUUCACUGGCUUCCAUCUACAAGAAACUAUUUCCAAGCAUUCUUCAACUGGCAUGUGAUGUAGACUUGGUGACCAAACAGCUAUUUGAGCCAUUGUUGAUGCAGCUGAUUCACUGGUUUACAAAGAACAAUACAACAGAGAAUGAAGAAUCUAUGUCAUUACUGGAUGCCAUUUAUGAUGGUAUCAUACAGCCUAAUGACACAGCCCUGAGGGACUUCUGUGCAGUUUGUCUUAGAGAGUUUCUGAAGUGGUCCAUCAAACAAACUAAAAAUAUAGAGAAGAGUCCUAUCAAUGCUAAAUCAUUGCUCAAGAGAUUGUACAGCUAUGCACUUCAUCCAGGGGCUUUCAAGAGGCUGGGAGCAGCACUGGCGUUUAAUAACAUUUACACUGUCUUCAGAGAGGACAAUGCCAUGGUGAAUUUGUACAGUUUCCAGAUUUUGGUACAUUUUGUAGAGAGUUUGGCCAUUGCUCAUGAGGAUGAGUUAUCAAUGGGCACUCAGACCCAAUGCAAGAUGGUACUUGAGCACAUGGAGAGAAUCAUCCAAGUGAAGGCCAAAGUUUUAAGCAAGGAGGACAAGAAUAGAACAGAACCAAAACAAUGGAGUGUUGUGAAGUUGGACAUAGCUGUCCGCUGGCUGAUGAGACAGUGUGGGCGGCCCCAGACCGAGUGUAGACACAUCUGUAUGAAACUAGUCCACCAGUUAGCUCCUUGUAUCACAGGAAUAAAGACCACCAAGGAUUAUUUCCAGACAUUUUAUAAGAGUGAGACGGCAGCUUAUUUCAUUACCAGAUUUGAGGGCAGACAACAGAAGUACGGAAUACUGUCUUGUCCAGAGAUGACCACUGUGGAUUCCUCAUUCUCUGUACAGAAUGCAGUGUCCUGGUUUGACCAUUACCUUGCUGUUCUGGACUGCUACAUCUGGACGUUUGGAGAAAAUUUAUUGACUCCAAAUAACAUUUUCAUAGAGGGGAAAAAUCAGAGUAAGCUACCCCAGGCAAUGAAGCACUUUCUGAGUCAGAUCGCAAUGAAAAACAUGGAGGAAGUAGCGGGAAUGUUUGCACAGGAACCACUGGUUAAUGUGUACACUCCCAAAGAGAGGGAUGAAUACAACAGAAUUAAGUGUACAGCUGUGAUAAGAACAUUAGAUUUCCUCUGUGUCCUGGUAGCUAGGAGUGCAACUACAAUAAAGAAGUUGUUGCCGUCUGGAGAUGUGAGGAAGGACCUGUGGAGCCUGAUUUGCAUAUGUGUAGUGCAACCAUCAAAUGUUGGAUUUAAUUUAGGAGAUGUAGAGAUAAUAAAAAAUCUACCCACAGAGCUUGAAAACUUGCUCAAAGUAUUUUAUGCAAAGCUGCCAUCAGACGUCCUGCAGGAGAUGGCUAAGGAGUUUGGAUUACUCCUAAGAGGAGACAGAGACUUGUUGGGCUUUCUGAACAAGCCUCUGGAUGACCCCUCGACAGACCAUGUCUUCUUACAACAGUUGGUUUCUGGAUACCAGUUACUGCAGAAAGUGGAGCUCCUAGGUAAAGUCAUCAGAGGAAAUACGCUACCUGAUCUAGCCAUCCCAACCUUCAAUUUUGUCUUCAGUAGCGUAGUCUGUGUGGAGGGAAGAACUAAACGAGCAUUGACCCUGUCCCCAACAGCACACGUUACAGCAUCUAAACUAUUGGAGUUGUUCUUCUGUUUGGGUGGCUCAAUCCCCAAGGUCAUAGCUGGGAUUUUGGACCAGUCUGUGAUAGAGGGAUCAGCCAAAGGCUACUCACAAUGUCACGGGGAACUCGUAUUUACGGCCUUCAAGUCCAUUUUUUCAGUACACCUGGCCAGGUCCAUGAACGAGGCUGUCGCUGAUCUUUGUCGUUACGCUGAGAAGCAGAGUUAUCGAGUGAUGAGCAUUCUGGUUUCUGUGGUAGAUACGGUUUCCAAGGACAAAAAUCUGAGAAAACAAAUUGAUCAGAGUGUCGUGACAUCUGUGGUAGAGCAGUGGAAAUCCAUUUCUAAGUGGUGCAUAACAACAGAUCUACAUAGUAUGGCUAUGCUGUUGCUGACUAAACUGGUUCUCUUGGACAGCAAGGUUGUGACAGACAGCAGCAGUGAUCACUUCCCUGAAGUGUUUGAUACCUAUCUCAAGAUGUUAACAGAAAACAAGACCACAUUGUCUGUCAAGUGCAGAGUCCUUGAACUGUUGCCAUUCUUUGCCACACUUGAAGAAUCACACAUAAAAAAGUUAAAGCGUAGCUUAGACAGACUUGUGGCUGACCAUUUCCCUGUGAAGAGCACUGACCUUCCAGAAUCCAGUCCACAUUUCAAAGAUUACACAGCUGCAAUAGACAGGUUGCUGACGAGCAUGGAAUUAUCUGGGAGUGAGAUGUUGUUGGAACUCCUGAUCAGCAUCUUCUGUAGAGAGUCAAAGCAUGUAUAUGAGACCAAGAUACAGGAGUCUAUCAACAGAUUCACCAAAAGGAUUCCAGUAUCUAAGCAGAAAUCCGUGGUAGAUGUGACAUACAAAAUUUUCUGUCAGGAGAAACUUUAUUCGGCGGAGGUCAGGAGGACCACAAUAGAGAAGGUGACCCUCCCCAUCCUCAGGCUCGUCCACAAGACGGCCUUACUGGAGUUUUUUAAUGACCACAUGAGUGAUCUCAGAACAACACUGGAGGCCAAAGUAGCAAAGGGUUCUGCACUGGAGAACCAGUUAACAUCCAAAAUCUGCAGUUUUCAGCUCCUGGAAUUAAUGUAUGGCCGAUUUAAUAAAGAGGAAGUGUUUGGGAAAAAUUCGGUUGUGAACAAAAAAUUCUGUGAUGUGAAGUCGAUAACAGUCGACACUGGCAAGGAAAUGACACAAGUCAUAAUGAGGACUGCCCAUGAAGCUAAGGGUGAGGAUGUGAGGGGGGAGACCAGCUGUACUGAGCUGAGGCGACAAUACCACUGUGCUGCCUACAACCUACUGAUUGCUGUACUCUCCAGCACACAAAACGACGCCAAAUUCUUCACAGCCUUCCUGUUCAAGGAGGAUGAGGCCAAAGGACAGUUUGUAUUUGAUAACCUGGUGAACAAAGACAAAGCCUACGAAUUUACAUCAGAACUUAAGGCACCUCUGUCCAGAAAGAAGCAGUAUGUAUCAAUAAGGAAUGAAGUGAGGGAGAGUGACUCAGAGAAUGGGAGGACUGAGGGGGGCAGUAGUUCCUCCUCCCUUCACUUGGCUUCACAGUACCUGGCAGACAGCAGUCUACACGAAGACCUCCAUCAGUACGACUUCACAGCCACACCCCAGAUGUCAGAAGGAUCUCUGAAGGAAAAAGUGAUGACUGUUCGCAAAUCUAGCUAUACUGAUGAAGAGGAUGACUCAGAUACCAAAGUGAUGGUGGAGGAUGAUUAUGUAGAGCUCGAGAUGGAUGACCUCAAUCAACAUGAGUGUAUGGCAGCCAUGAUUGCUCUCCUCAAACACAUGCAGAGAGCCAAGAUCAUUUCGCUUGUGGAGUCAGGUGUGGUACCAGAAUUACCAGCUUGGAUGAAGUACCUGAACGAUAAACUGAAGAAUCCAAGAACACACGUCAACAUCAAAUAUAUCAUUGCAAAACUUAUCAUCAACACUGCUGAGGUGUUUCGCCCCUAUGCAAGAGAUUGGAUCCGCCCACUAACACAGCUGAUCAUCAGUGGUCCCUUCACAAGUCUGAAUUACUUCGUCAUUGAUGUGAUUGUCACUAUCAUGUCCUGGCACCAAGUUGCCAUUCCACUGGACACAGUAGAAGAGAGAGCUAUGUCCUCACGGCUGGUGGAGUUUGUGAUGGGAUAUGUGUACAGUGAUACCAGGCCAGUGUAUCGUAAUAACUUAGAACUGCUGAAAACACUUCUCCAGGUCUGGAAAGACCGCGUGGAAAUACCUUACAGCAUUGUGUAUAGACACCUAAAACAGCCUGAUGACACCAAAAAGGACAGCUGUGUGGGGAUACAACUGAUGGGCGUGGUUCUUUCCUGCAGAUUUCCUCCCUAUGGCCCUACAGCACCUGUUGACCAGGAAAAAUUCUUCACCACUGUCGCCCAGUACAUGAAAAAAGGCUACAAAGCUGUGUAUGCAGCAACAGCAGAAGUAGUUGGAAUGAUCUUUAAACAUUUGGCGGAGAAAGAAAAACAGACAGAGGGGUCAUUCCACGAUUAUGUUGUAAAUGUGAUGAAUUCCCUCCAGCAGAGUAACCCUGCCAACUUUAUUCUAUGUAUUCACAGAAUGCAACUCCAUUAUUCCCCUAUAGCUGACAGGUUUAUGAACCGCUUGUUGUUUGUUCUUCCCAAUCUUCACAUGGAGUUGCGUAAUCACUGUCUGGAAAUUAUUUUAUCACGGAUCGACACUUUGGAAAAUGUCUACACAGAACUUAAAAGUAAAGGCUUGCUAGCUUUCCUCUCACAUAGGGAUGAGGAAACACAGCUGAUUGUUUUGAAAAUUGUCAAGAGUAUACAAACCAAACUGCAGGCCAGCGAAGUGUCAGAAUUACUCCCCCUGAUGUCUGGAUUUUGUUUCAGUCCCAGCAUUCCUUGUCGUAAUGUUAUGUACGACAUCUUGAUGUGGGUCUAUGACAACUACAGGGAAGAUGAGAGUGAAACUGCAAAUAACAUCAUGCAACAAACAAAGGAGAGUCUACUGAAAGGAUUGGGGGAUGAAGAUAUACAGUGCAGACUGCUGGUACAGAAUUUCUGGAGCAGUGAGACGCGAGUUCCCGGGAAUACAUUGGACAGACUGGUGGCCAUGUUGGAAGCCAUGUACUCCCCAGUCACAGAGAAACAGUUCCUCAGCUACGCCACAAACCUCAUCCUAGAAAUGACCUCAAAGAGCCCAGACUACCAGAGGGAAGUGUUUGAGUCGCCUUUAGAGGACUGCAAGUUCCAGGACUACAAUGUAAAAUCCUCAUGGAAACAGAGGCAUGCAGCAAUGACACCAUUGUUUGCUAAUACCAUGGCAACUCAAAGUGUAAUGGAGGAGGGUGAAAGUUUCAGUGGAGAGAUUCGAGCCACACAGGACAUUCAACAAUUCACAGCUACUCAGGAUGCCUCCAAAGUGCCAUUUAACUGGUUGACUGGGAGCAGUUUGGACACCUUUACCGACUACAGUUCGGUGGGAUCAGAGACCUCUAGUUCUCUCUUGUUUACUGUGGGAACACAAGACAUGGCCCUAAGAGCACGACUUAAGCCCAGCAGAAAACCAGGUCCAGGGUUUGGCAAGUCUCGACCUGGAACCAGCAAACACAUUGAGACAACCAGCAAAGAUGCUCAGGACAGUGAAAUGCAUAGACUGAAACGACGCUUUUUGAGAGAUGAGGAGCAGAGUAAGGCUUAUUUUGUGAAACGGCACACUCGACUGGAGAAAAUGAGGGAGGAGGCAUUGAGAGAACAGAAAUCUCGCCGGGAGCACCAAGUGACCAUGUACAGAAAAUACAGGAAAGGGGACCUACCUGACAUACAGAUCAAAUACUCCUAUCUUAUUGCCCCAUUACAAGCUGUAGCUCAUAGGGACAGUACUGUUGCCAAAUUGCUGUUCGGUGCCAUAUUCAAGGGAAUAUUUUCCAAGAUGGAUGAAGUGAAAACUGAACGGGAGGUGCAGGAGACGAUCCAGCAGAUUCAGAAGAGUAUCAGUACGGUUCUGACCUCUUCCAUACAGUACUUCACACCAUUCAUCAGCUGUCUUCUGGACAUUUUGUACAGUUUAAGAAGUAAACUGAAAUUAGACUUGUCUGAUGUGAGUUUAGCUGCAACUAUUGGAAAUGUGCAACCUCUAGGAAUAUGUGUGUUAGAAGAACAACUGAUAUCUCAGGACGGGGAUGAACGACCUACUAAACGAGGAAGGAGUGACGGAGCAGUCGUGUCAACCGAUACACUCAGCUGGAUCGAGCUAGCAAGGCUAUAUAAAUCAGUGAAGGAGUAUGAUGUAUUGCUGGGAAUCUUCAGUGGAAGGAUUGGAACACAGGAUAUCACAAAGGAAGCUGUAAAAAUGGAGGCUAGAGGGGACUACUACAAAGCUAUCAAACUGUACAACCAGGCUUUGUCCUGUGAGGAGUGGGAUGAAAACCCGCCCACCAUUGAAGUGGACAUGUGGGACGAAUCUAGGAUGGAGUGUCUCGACAACUUGUCCCAGUGGAAGGAACUAGAGGAGGUGGCCAUGUCUGGAAUUAACAAUAGCUCCAUCAGCCAGGUCUGGAAGGACACUUACUAUCAGGAACACUAUUUGCCAUACAUCAUCAGAAGUAAACUGAAGCUGAUGCUACAGGGAGAAGAUGAUCAGCAGCCAUUACUGACCUUCAUUGAUGACUGCAUGAAACAGUCGGACCAGAAGGCCAUUAUAGAGAGCCGAUACUGUGAAGAGCUGGCUUUGAUGUACAUCUGGCAGAGAGACUAUGACAGAGCCAGACACUACUCCAACAUGGCAUCCCAGCAGUUCUUACAUGACUGGAGCAGUACAGACAGUCUGAUGUCUGUCAGUAGACGAAGCCACCUACAGAAACUCCAGCCUCUUGUGGAGAUGCAAGAGUUCCUUAGUUUCAUGUCAGAGAGUAACUUCACUACAGCCAGGCCUGCUGAUGUACUCAUUGAGAAAUGGCAGUCUCGUUGUUUACAUCCCCUGCUUGAUCCAGAGGUUAUAUGGGAUGAUAUUGUCACCAACAGAAUGGUGUACUUGGACCACAUAUCAGCUCGACUUUCUGGUUCUCUGGUAAAGAAAGACGAUGAUGCAAUGGAGGUGGAUGAAAAAGACAUGUUCCUCGAAUCUAAAAUUCGUCUCAGACUGAAGAUGGCCGACAGCAGUUGUCAGAAGAGGAACCAUAAACUGGCUCUGAACAUCCUCUCUGACAUACACAAAAAUUACAGAGAUAGAGAAAAUGAAAUUCUGAAUAUAGAAUGGAGUCAUUUAUAUGCCAAAACUCACCAGCUCAGUGCCAUGUCAGCUGACAUGGAUUGGAGUAAUGAAAAUUUUUCAAGCAUUUUAUCCACCAUAGAUAGGCUAGGUAAAUUCAGGGGAAGUCCAUUCCUUGGACAAGAGUCUGGGCUAGGCCGCCGACAUUUUAUGCUUAUGGGACAGGCUUUUGGCCUGCUGGUGGAUGGCGUAUUAAGUGAAAACUGCUUUAGUAGCCUCAGUGACAAAAACUCAGAGAAAAUCAAGGUCAUGGCCAAGGCCUCAAAGCUAGACCAAAGAGAGUUAGCUGAAUGUCUUGUUGAUGAAGGAUACAAGCAAAUGAAGAUUGGAUUGUCAUAUGAUGGUCGAUCAACUCGCGCUUGUCGCUAUGGUUUAGAGGAGGCCUAUCUAGCUGUGGCCCAAUACUGCAAUAAGUUCCUUAGAAUGACAGAUGAUAGUGAGACAGAGAGUCUGCAUCUCUCUAAAGAAAGUCAGAAGAAUUUUCCAGAAACAAUAACUGUUUGUCUGUUGAAUGCUAUGAAACUUGAUUCCAUGGAGGCCAGACAAAGGUUUCCACGGUUACUUCAGCUGGUGGAAAGGUAUCCAGACAUUCGCUCCACCUUUGUUGAAAAGAGUGGACAGGUUCCCUGUUGGAUGUUCAUUAUGUGGAUUAGUCAGAUGAUGGCAUUGUUGGAUAAACCGGAAGCAAGCACUUUACACCACAUUCUGACUGAGCUUGCUGAAAAUUAUCCUCAGGCUGUAGUGUACCCCUUUAAGCUGAGCAGUGAGGGAUAUAGCUUUACAGACAAGAAAAAUGAAGCUUUUGUUUCCAGACUCAAUGACAAAUUAGGAGAUGAGCAGCUUCCUCUGGUUUCAAAGUUCAUAUCAGCUCUAGAACAUAUGAGCCAGCCAGAUCAAAUUUUCAAGGAUUGGUUUGAUGAUACAAGACUGAAAUUCAAUAAGAAAAAACCAGACAAAAAAGCUAUGAGGCAGGAAUUUCAAAUCAUGUACAAAAAAGUCCUGGAGUUCUCCCAGACAGUGGUCCGAGGGGCCAGCCAGAGGUCCCAGACUGAAGAAACCCAAAGUAUGGUGGACAAGGGAAAAUACCCCAAAAGGUUUGCUGAGAGAUUUAAGAAAGAUGUCGACAGUUACUUUGGAAAAGAUGGUGAGAAAAUCUUGGACAUGACAUUAAGUAAAUUUGUGAAUGCCUACAGGAAGGUCUACACAGAUAUGACAAAUGAAGUAAAGGGGAAAAACCUGAAACCGCCUGAGACACUCAAAGACUACUGUCAGUGGUUGUCAGAAUUCAACCCCAGUAUUCAGGGGAAGGAGCUGGAAAUCCCGGGUCAGUAUGAUGGUGUGACAAAGCCUUUGCCAGAGUACCACAUCAAGGUGGUAGGAUUUGAUCAAAGGGUUAAAGUUAUGACCUCAAUACGGAAACCGAAGAGGGUAACAAUCCGUGGGAAUGAUGAGAGGGAGUAUCACUAUCUUGUGAAGGGUGGGGAAGAUUUAAGGCAGGACCAGAGAAUAGAACAGCUCUUUUUCCUAAUGAAUCAAGUUCUGGAGAGUGAUCCAGCUUGCAAACAGAGAAAUCUUAAAAUUAAAACUUAUCAAGUUAUUCCAAUGACACCAAGAGUCGGUUUCAUAGAAUGGAUGAACAAUACAAUACCACUGAAGGAGUUCUUGUAUUCCAAUCUUACAGAGCAGGAAACUAAAUUCAUACACAGCAAACAAGGACCCGUACAUCUCCAUAGUAACUGGAUAAUGAAGCUGAACAAAGAUCAAAUUCCUGCAUACAUGCAGAUGUACCUUAAAUACAAUAUGACAGAAACUAAAAGGGAACUACAUAAAAAAGAGAGUUGUGUACCAUGGGACUUAUCAAGGCGCGCUUUCCACAAGAUGAGCACUUCACCAGAAGCAUUUCACGUCCUCCGCUGCAAGUGUGCAUCAACACACGCUUUGAUUUCCAUCUGUCAGUAUAUACUUGGUAUUGGUGAUCGUCAUUUGUCCAACUUUAUGGUGAACUUGAAAAAUGGAGAGAUGGUGGGGAUUGAUUUUGGCCAUGCUUUUGGCUCUGCUACACAGUUCCUGCCCAUUCCUGAGUUAAUACCAUUCCGCCUGACUCGACAACUGCGCAACUUGAUGAUGCCACUACAGGUUCACGGCCUGAUGGAAUCCACCAUGAUUCACACCCUCCGGGCUCUGAGGAACAACUGUGAUCUUUUGUUAAAUACCAUGGACAUCUUUGUUAAAGAACCAUCAGUUGAUUGGCUGAUAAAUGCUGAAAAACAAAUGAAUGAAAUGAAAGGAGAUGAGUCACCUGAAGAAGAGGAUGUUAUGUGGUAUCCAAAGGAGAAGAUUGAAUACAUGAAACACAAGUUAAGGGGGCACAAUCCAGUCUGUAUAACUAGAGAGGAAUUGAGGUUAGGUCACUCAAAGAAGCCUGCAUUCCCUGCAAUGGAGAGAGUGCUCCAGGGUGACAAGAGAGAAAACGUGCGAGCUCAGCUUCCACUGACUGGACUGACUGCAGAACAACAGGUGGCAGCACUGAUUGAUCAAGCAACAGAUCCUAACAUUCUGGGCCGUGUGUAUGCAGGCUGGGAACCCUGGAUGUGAAAUGCUAGACUCGUGUACCCGUUUCAUCAGUUAAAUUUAACAAGUGAAUAUUCUGCCAAGUAGGGAAAAAUUAGUAAUAGUGGCUAUUGAAGUAAUUCAAUAUGUGCAAGUUAAACACAUGACAGUUUCUCUGCAGCAUACAGAAACUACAUAUCUGUAUGUUUAUAAAUGUGUUGUUGACAACAGUGCAUUUAAUGUUUACAAAUUAACUGUAUACAAAACUGAUUGUAGAAAUAAAAUUUUGAUUACUUUUA